UGAACUAUAGUCUCGCGAGAUUUCAGUUUGAGCCAAUACGGAAACGCAACCACAACGAGGUUUGUACAGGAUUAAUAUGCCUUAAACCUGCCCAAACAAUUAAUUAACACCACUAAUUUCAUAACGCUGUGUUAGUAAAGCUAACUUGUUUACAAGCUGCCAUGAGGGGACUUUUUGAAUGUGAGCAUGACAUAUGGAGGACUGUUGAUGGCAAAUACUGGCAUGUUGUGGAGGCCAAGGCUAAUAAAAGCAAGACAUCUGGGAAGCUUCUCGACCUUGACAAGUGGUAUCAAGAGGAGCUUCCGACUGUCAUAUCAAGUCGAUGUGAUAAACAUGUCACUCUGUCAGAGAUGGUCAAGCUCAUGGAGUGGAAGCUGACUAGGGGGAAGUUCCGGCCUCGCCUGCAGCAGCUGGUAGCUUCCAACAGCGAGGACACUGUGGAGAAAUGUUCCUCAAAGGCCUUCGGGCUCCUGCCGGAUGUGUCGGCGGCCAUUGCGGAGCUCAGCACCCUGAAAGGAAUCGGCCCAGCCACAGCGUCAGCACUGUUGGCUGCAGGAGCUCCAGAGCAGGCUGCCUUCAUGUCUGAUGAAGCCAUGGAGAGCAUACCUGGAUUGGCACCCAUACAAUACACAGCCAAACAUUACACUCGCUACCUGGACAAGAUGCUGGAGAAGACCAAAAAGCUGAACAAAGUGGACCCUCAGCAGGACUGGACACCCCAAAGGCUGGAGCGCUGUUUGUGGGCACUGGCGGUCGCUAAGCAACAGCAGCUGCCGCUUCUUAAGGAUGUGGAUGUGGAGGGCGGUGCUGUGGUGGAAGACUGCACUGUUGCAGACGACAGACCAAGCAAGAAACUUAAAAAGAGAUAAAAUAUGUUUUGCCUGAACCACAGAGUACAGUGCUUCACUGGAAGUCGUCCUCCUUUUUUUCACAAUUUGUUAUAUUUUUUUAAACAAGCACAUAGGUUUUUGUGGUAUUAAGAUGGCUGUCGUGAACUUGUGAGUUUAUAUUAAAAAAUGACUGUUUUUUC